GGAUUAUUUAUCAUUACUGUUUUACCAGUACCACAGAUGAUUUCUGAGAAUCACCCUGCAUAAUCUAUUGCAGCCAUGGUAUAAAGAUACCGAAGUAAUACAAACACGAAAUACACAAGGUGUGUUUAGAAAAACAUUUAUUCACUUUCUGUUCUACACUGUAUUUACAAAAUCCAACUUUCGCUAAAUAAAACAUCAAUUGUCUGUCUCCAUCUGUUCCACAUCUUUCAUGAUUUGUGAGAUCUUCUGACCCGCUGAUUUCUUCAAAGCUUUUGGAGAAACAAAAGUGUGAUGAUUUUAGUUUGUUAAAUAAGAAGAUAGUAACACAUUGAUUCCUAUGAAUAACACUUUGCAGUGCAUUGAAUCAAGUGAUUAAAGUAUUCCAUUGUUUUGAAGAUCCCACCAUUCUCUCCUUGCCAUCCAGUCACAUAUUUUUGGAGUUGAUGCAAAGGGACUGUUCACACAUGUACAUUAAAAAAAUAAAUACCUGGCUUUGGUUUUAUUAGAUUUAUAUUUGUCUGGACUUCCUUCAAAUCUGCUUCUUCUUCUAGCUUUUUGCUUGUUUUUAAUCUAAUAUUGAAGAAAGUAUUUCAGUCUGUAAUUAUCCACACAGACAAAGAAUCAAUACGUUUCUCUUCUCAACAGUAUUCUCAGGUUUCAUAUGAUAUCACAUGGUGGUCAAGGGUCUGUAUCAAGGGGUCUGUAUCAAGGCUUGACCUCAGUUCAAUGAUUGCCCCCACCUGAGUCAAAUUAUGCUAAAAUAUCACCUGAUUGAAACCCAAGAAUAGUGAAUACAAAAACUUAAUUUGCUUCCACAUUUUUUAAUGUACCUGUUUCGGACGAACUGUUUCUGUCGUUUUUCUUGUAUUUCUGUUAUCCUCUUCAUAGCAGCAACUAUUUGACCAAAGUUAAAUGAUAAUCAUAUACAAGGCCCAAGGUAAGAGGUUUAUAAUGGGUAGGUUUAUAAUGGCAAGCUUUUGUUGGAUGCAACUACCUGACAAAUCUCUACCAAUGAAAGCUUGUUAUCAUUGGCACUACCUACACUGGCACAGACAACACUUUACAAUGGGUAGGUUUAACUCAUCAAUGUGCAAGACUCUCCCCUUGAUGCAUAAAAUCGUCUAGUGUUAGACAGAGUAAAAUAUAAAUAACGUUGGACGCAUAGGUAAAUUUGUUGGCAGAUACUGUAGAGUGAUUCUAGUCGCAGAAAGAUAACAUAAAAAUCAACAAUCUACAGUACCUGUCUGUUUAAUGCUUUCAUUCGAAUAGCGUACUGGGACGUCUCUCUUCUUUUCAAAGUCAAAUGUUGCAUCCUAAUAAAAUGGGUUAGUAUUCAUUUCAUGAAUGAGAAAUAAUAGUUAAUUACAAGCACAGCCAAAAUUUGUUUUACUCACAACAGCCAGUUCUUUGCCGGCAGCCUUUCUGAAGGCUUUUGUCCAUCUCACUUUUCUUGGAUUUCGUUUUCUCUUGAAAGCUUUGUGACACUUUGCACGGCAGAACCGAAACACCUGUCAAAGUUUAGCAAAUUACAGUAUAGUCCAACUAUGGUAUAAAAUAUACACCUUGUUUUUGUGUAUCUGACAUCAGUUAAGGUCCACAUCUGAAUCACAAAAACAAGGCUCUAUAGUCUAUACUGCAGGUGGUGUGCAACUGCACAUCACCGUCGCCAUGUUGGAUGACGUUGACAAAGGAUUUUGCUUGUUUGCAAUGCAAAUAUCAUCCAACAUGGUGAAAAUCUCUUUGUCCUUAUUGCACCAUCACAAUGGCAAAUCAAGUAACUAGCCCCUGGCUGUGGUUAAUUUGUCCUUACGGUAUACAAUUCAUUUCAUACCAAAAUAUUAAUUAAUACUAUUUUUAAACAACUUUGGGAACUCCAUAUAAAAGAGACAAGCACAAUAAUAAGUUACUUUUUUUAGUUUUUUACAGAUCACAUUUUAUAUGCAUAUGACAAUUUUUAAAAUAUUAAACUUUCCUUGAUAUCAUGUCAGUGAACACAUUGGUAUAAAUGGUAUCGAAGGUACUAGACUUAGUUCCGAAAUACCACACACAUCAACAGACUUGGCCUCGUAGCUCAGUUGGCAGAGCAUUGGACUAGUAUCCCAAAGGUCGCGGGUUCGAUUCCCACCGUGGUCAGCCUGCCACAGAGUGACAUCAAAAACAUUUCCUUGAUAUUGCCAAAGGAAUAUAAAUUUUUUCAAACAAAUCUACCACAAUACCUUACAGUCGUUUCGCACAAAUGCGAUACCGUGACCGGGCCAAACGGUCGAUGAACAAAAGUAACAUUUUUCUAAACGCAUUUUGUGUUAUUUUGAAGAAAAUUUCACAAAAAUAUUGAAACUCUACCAUGUGAAAUUUUCUAAAUGGAAAAGAAUUGACGCCUUCACACCUUGGAAAAUAUGGGUCAGAGGUAUGUGCAAAAAUAGUGGGUAAGUACUUCAUAUAAGACUCAAAACUGAAUUUUUAAAAACCAAGUUGUAAACAAAAUUCGGACUCAUAUAGACACAUUUUUAUGUGACUUAGCAGACAUUGAUUUUUCUUACUGUAAAUACUUUCAAACGACUUUAUUUUUCUUCAACAGUCGUUUAAAUUUUGAAAAAUUAAAAUAACGGAAGUUGUUAGAGCCUUCGCACAUAUUGUUGGUCUUCCAGCGGUCAUAAAAAGACGGCCCAGUCCCCUCAAUGCAUCGUCAUCUCUCUACCAAAAAGAUCAUAAAACGACAAAACGUGGUUUCAAAAUCAAGUUUGGACGAGAAUUUUAGAAAAUCUACGCAUAAGGUUUGUUCUUGUUCACUGAAGAUUCAAGAUGGCGGAUGCUGGUGAUGAAUAUGAGGAAUAUAACUGCGACGAAUCUGUACACGCCGGUUCCCACGCGAGGAAGGGAAAGUCGAAGAAAGAAGCUGAUCAGAACAGACAUCAACAUGGCUAUCCUGGACAUGAAAGAAAAAUUGCGGACAAGAUUGGAAAUGCCGAAGAUAAACGAAAGGAAGAACGGAAAGGCCAAACAGAUAAAUGAAAAUAGAAAUUUAUAGGAAACUUGAUAUUUAAUAGCACUUUAAUUCGGGAGGGACACUACAAGACACAACUGUUUAGAAGAAGGUCAAAGGCUAAUUCAAGAAAAACACUUUUUUGCCUAUUUCAAGAACAGUUUCAGCUGGAUAUGGCUUGAAUUUUUAGUGAAUAAACGAUGAUAGAUAUGAAACUAAAUUACCGAUAUGUGAUUAUUAAAUAAUAAUAUACUACAUUUUGUUCAGUUCUAAUAUUUAAUCGAUAUUUAAUGAUUGAUAGUAUUUGUUGGUGAGCGUUUCAAUUUGUAGCACAUUUAGAGUUGGAACAACGUAUAUAAAAACUUGGACAAUCAGUCGACAUUAUUUACAGCAUAUUCUAGUGUCUUCUGUAUUCAAGACACGGCAAUAUUUUUAUCUUAUUUCAUCAAAAUAAGGAAUUGAUAUUAGACGUUCAAGAACGAUGAUACCAUCAAGAAACAAAGAGAUACCAGUUGAAUACGAACACUAAUGAGUAAUGGCCGGAAGGAACGAUGUGAGAGCACUCUUAUAUGACCUUAUAUUGUUAUAAGAGUACUGCUGUCUGUUUGAGGCUUCGAUGAAGAAUUCAGUUGAAGAAUUAAGAAUUUUUAAAUUAUCGGAAAUUAUUGGUCUGUGAUAGUCUGGAAGCCAGACAAACCUCAAAGCACCAGAAUAGAAGGCUUUUGUUUCAUAUUAAACUGUACCGCGCCAUGCACGUACAAAUCUUUCGUCUCAACUUCAUUAAAUAUUAUUCAUCGUGGUUCACACGUUGGAUGAUUACUUCAUUAUACAAAAAACACAAUGAGCUCAAUCACCGUGACGCCGUGUUCAAAUUAACGCAAACUCAGAUAAAAACAACGCAAUGACUUAUGUUUAGUUUCCAGUUCCAUCUUGACAUACAAUGCCUGAGCCAGUUUCAAAACUUGUUGGGCUGCUGUCCUCUGGAACUACAGUAAUAAUAACACCUUAGCGCUCUCGAUAUGCCAGCAGCAGAAAUAUAAAAUGCUCUAGAGGCUUUUCCCCUCUUUGGCUUUAUACAGCACGUGUAUUAUUUAUUCAGGUUUUAUUUUCUAAGUGCAUAAAGUUUAUCAUCAACGAGAAUACAAUUUUAGUUGAGUUUCUCACUCCGCAUUGGUGAGCGGAUUUCCCAACAAGCUAAUUAUUUUAGCAUUUAUGUAAAGGACUAUAUCAAGUUAUUUUGUAAUUAAGACCUUUUAAGUUUAUUUUUAUUUACAAAAAACAAAAACAAAAAUGUGUUUAUUUUUUUCAUAUCAGAAUAUCAGAUGCCUGCGUGACGUCAUUAGUCCUUUGUAAACCCUCUCCCCAGUUUUCUUGUUUGCUGCGCGGUUUCGACACAUGUGAGUCAUGGCGGAUUGGGGUGAGCAAAAAAGUUUAUUAUUUUCUCAAAAUUUUAUAUUAUUUUUCAACUAUUUGAAUAAAAAAAUAUAUUAUUGGAUAGUUUAUGAUGUACUUUGUCCGUUUUUAGACGAUUACGGCUUCAGAAACUUUAAUAUUUUGUCGAAAUUUAAUGUUAUUUAUGCUUUGAAAACGUAUAGUAUUUGAAAGUUUAUGACAUGUUUGUUUUCAGACGACGAGGGCUUUGAGCCCGGAGAAAUAACGGAGAAGAAAGGUGAUGCAUGGGAAGGAGAAGAUGAAGACGAUAAUGAAUUGAAAGUAUGAUUUAAUUUACUUUUAUUUCAUCCAUAGUCUUUGAAACUGAUUUGUGUCUUACUUUUGUUUAUUUGAAAUGCUUUAAUAAAUCUCAAGUUAAUUACGUCUGAUGUUGCCUAAAUUAUAUUUAAUAUUGUAUACCGAGUUUCAAAUAUAGUUUAAAUAACCUAUAUUUGGAGCUAAUUAGUAGGCAUGAAUCAUACUAUAUUUGUAUUGUUUGUACAGUAAAUGCUUGCAUAAUUAUUUUUUGGCCCUCAUAAAAUGAUCUGUGUUAUGUUCUGUGUGCCAUAUGGUAAGUAUUAUGCGACUUGAUUGUCACUUGAUUAUAGACAUAAAACACACGUCUCCUUUGAUGCCUAAAUCAUCUGCUGUUAGACAGAGUAAAAUGAUUAAAAGCUUGAUGCAUUACUACCUCCUUGAAAUAUUUAAAUAAUAAUAAUAUUUUACUCUGUUUAACACCAGAUGAUUUUACUCGUCAAGGGGAGAGCACUUGGCACUGGUUUUCCGACCCUACCUAGCUUUUGGCUACUGAAAUCGCCAACUCUAAUCUUUUUAUAUGAAGUCUCUGGCAUUAGUUUUGUAUUAUCUAUAUAAAUUUUAAAAAAUCCGACCUAUCCUACCUAAGUUUUUGCAAUGAGAAAUAGGAAACCCAGGUAUUUCUUUUUUUUGCCUAAUGGGUUAAAAAAUUUUGUUUGACUUUCAGGAAAAUUGGGAUGAUGAAGAGGAUCAGGAAAAAGAUAAACCUGUUGAAACAGGUUUGGGACUUUUUGUAACCAAUGAUUGCUGUAUCUUUGUAUUGUGUGUUUCCACUUCCAGCAGGUGUACACCUUUUGGAAAAUCUGAUCAAUCUGCCUACAAAUAACUACUAACUAUACUUUAACUAAACCAUAAAUGCCAGAUGGAAGUGAUUCCAUUCAGCCUGUUAUUCACCAGAUUCUCCACCUAUUUGUUUCCUCUUUCUCACUAUACAUGUUUAUGCACAUGUGGAUUUAGAACAAAAAUACUCUGCUGGUCUGUAGGAUAAUUUUUGUCCCCAAGUGUGCUCCUAGGGAGAAAAUUAUUUUUUCCUGCCCUGCCUUUAUUAGGCCUAUAAGAAUACUUGUGGUUCCAGUUUCCCAACCGACCCUAUUUUUUUGCCAAAAUGGUGUCUGUUGUCACAAUAAUUAUUGAAGCAAUAUUAAAAAAAAAAUUAUUUCCGACCUACCUACCCUAAUUUUUUCACGAUAUGAAACCGGAACCACAAGUAUUUUUUUAGGCCUUACUCCCUGCUGUGUCUGAUAAAGGUAUUCUAAUAUCUAUGCUGUUUCUCUAGAAUCAAAUGCAGCAACUGUAGUAGUAAAGAAGAAGAAAUCGACAGUGAAGCAGAAGAUUUUGGAGAAAGAAGAAAAACGGAAAGAGGAGAUGUUGAAAAAGGCAGAAAUGAAAGAACAAGAAGAUGAUGAAGAUGAUGAUGAGGUGAUGUAGAAAACUUUAGCAGAUCUGUUUUCCAUUAUCUCUUGAUUUCCAGCACCUGUCUAAUAAUUUCAUGUUGAUGUAGGAAUCCAUAUUUGCCUCAACGUUGGCAGACAAACUAAAAAACCAAAAGUAUGUAAAACAUAAGUUAUUUUUGCUUAUGGUAAUAAAUAGUUUUGUGAAUUUUUUUCUGUGUUGGUGUUGUGUACUCAGGUGAAUAAUAUGUUUGCGAUGUUACUCUGAGUGCAUAUCCAGACCGAGCGAGCUUGAAAAAUUUGCCCGGCCACGGUGGGAUUCGAACCUACAACCUUUGGAAUACUAGCCCAAUAAUAGUUUUGUUUUGUGAACGAUUCUAUGUUUUCCUCUAAGUGGAAACACUUACAAGCGUGAUCCAAUAAAAAAGUUUAGGGUUGGGAUUUUGGCGUCCAAAAGCUAGGUAGGGUUGGGAAACCGGAAACCCACAUAUUUUUUUAUUUCCUUCCACAAGGCAUUUUGACAGGAGGGGUUGGGGUUAGCCCUAAAUUGACCUUUCCCUACUCCGUGAUCAGACAUGAGUCAUAAGGGCCCUUGGAAAGCUUUCAACUCAAUCGGGUUGAGCUGCAUUUUUUAUUCAACUUUGCUCUCAGCUCAAGUAAAGGGUGAUCUACAAAGCCCCACUUACUUACCACUUAUUUAAAUUAAUGAUAUGAAAUUUGUUUCCAAAUUUUAUUUCCAAAAGAAUGAAAAAGUUGGAUGAAAUGUCCUUACGAAAUAAUUGACUAAAAAUUAUAUAUAUUUCUAUUGUUGCAGAUUACAAGAAGAAUCCGACUUAAAAGUUGCAGAAGAUUUAUUUGGUAAGUAGUCAGGGGCAGACCAUUAGAAAACUGAUGGAGGGAUUUGGGAAAAGAAAAAAAUUUGUGCAAAGAAGAAAGCAAAGAAAAAAUAGUUUAAAUUCUUCAAUAUUUAUUCCAGCAGAAGAGAUGCCAUUCAGUUCUCAUGCAUGUCCUUUACAACUUCUGUGACAUGAAUUUGAUAUUAAAUGGCUUGUGAAAUUUUCUUCAGUUUCAAGUUGUCUGUACAUGUACUUUCUUUUGAGACAACAUUUGUCUCUCAACAAAUGGGAAAAUGAUGAGGAUAGUGACUCUAAUUGAUUCACAUAUUGUAUUGACAUAUGACCGUUGACAUUGCUUUUUGUCUCCAAUAUAUACUGUAAAUAAUGACUGGUCCCUUAUCUGUCUACAUAGGUGGAGGAAAUAUAGACGAAACAACCAAAAGUAUAGAUACAUUCAAACCAACAAACAAAGAUGAAUUUAAUGAAUUGGCAAAAAUGUUAGCUGAUAAAUUAUCGCAAUUUGAGGUAUGUGAUUCACUUGGCCAUCUCUAUACUGUACUGUAUAUGAGAGUAUGUAGUACUACCAGUAUACUCACGGCCCAAACACAUUUUAAAUUAUAUAUGUAUAUCUGAGAUGCAAGUAAUAAUAAGAUUGCUGAAUGUUUUGUAGACAUCUGUAGAAUAUCCUGGAUUUUUAGAAGUAUUAUUAAGAGAUUUAGCCAGUGGAAGUAAGUUUCACAUUUUACUUUUUUUUUCAAAGUUCAUAUCACAUGUACCUUAGGGCCUGUUUAUAUGGAAGCCGGGCUGGCCCGCUUAGCGAGAUAGCCCAGUAAGCGUGAUGAAUUUCUCUUGUGUUUUUAUGAGAAAAUUACAUCAUCCCACUUGCCGGGACAAUUUUGUUACAUUGAUGUUGUUUUGAUAGUUGUUAAAAAUGGCUUGCAGCGGUACCUUUGAACUUUCAUCCCGGCAACUGGGCUAGCCCGCUUGUGAGUGUUUAUAUGGAGAAAUUUUCAUCCCGGUAAGCGAGAUCUUGUUUCUUUCAAGUGAGAUCUUGGCAACCGGGCCAGCCCACUUGUCCAUAUAAACACACAAUAAUUUUUACUAUAAAAUUAACUACACAGCGAGAUCUCGCUUACCGGGUUGUCUUGCUAAGCGGGCCAGCCUGGCUUAUAUAUAAACAGGCCCUUAGAGUGAGGUUGAACAGUUUGUUGGUCGAGCAGUUUGCACUUAGAAUUCAGGCAAUUAUCCCCUCCCACUGUCGACAUUAAUUUUGGAAAAUAUACAUGUAGAUUAAGGAAAAAAUAUUGGGAGUUGGGCAGUUCAACGAACAUCAGGCAAAUUCUCGAUCAACUGAAAUGUAUUUGUGUUUACAUUCACCUCCAGUGUACAAAAAUUAUGAAACAAAUUUUUCUUAUUGAACAAUUAAUUUUCUCUUUAGUGGAAGCAGAAGAGGUUAAAAAGUUAGCAAGUGUAUUAAAUAUUUUAGGUUCAGAAAAACAAAAGGCCCAAAAGGUAUAAUUAUUCUAACAAUUGAAGUUUUACUUUUAAAUUCCAUUAAUGAUGGGGAGAGGGGGGUUUCAGCUUGCACAAGUUUAUUAUUCAGCAAGCCUGGUUGUGCUGAAAUUGUUUGUGGAAUUUUAAAAAUAUUUUUCCUUGCUUUACUCUUUGCAUGAAUUUUUUUCUUUUGUGCUAACUUUUUUGUCCCUGCCCCAUCACUUUUCUAAUGGUCCGUCCCUUAACUGGUUAUGCUGCAUUCCACCCAAGUGUGCCCCACUUUAUUUUACUCUGUUUGAUGCCAGAUGAUUUUACUUGUCAAGGGGAGAGAGAGUUUUGCACAUUAAUAGGUUCAUUAUUUACCUUUUCCUUUUAGGCUGGCAAACCCAAGAAAAAAAUCAAGAAGGCAGUGUUAGGUGGUGGUGCUAAAGGAACAAAGGGUGUCGAUAUACAAGAUUAUGGCGAUGUAUAUGAUGAUUUCAUGUAGGGAAUUCAAAUAUAUCCAUAUAUUUUGGUGGAGAAUAAUAUCAGUGGCUGGAUACAUCCUGGCUUAUAUUUAUUGGAAAUGACUUCGCAUUCUUAGAAAUUUAUUGAAAAUCAAUGCAAUCAAAGUAUGGCUUGGUGCGUAGGUAUUGAAAUAAUUAUUAGCAAAACAAACAUUUUGACUGCAACAGUCAUAUAUAAAACAAUUGUACAUGAAGUAUCAGCAUGAAUACUUGCUCAAUUUUGAUUAUGUAAGGAAUGUUAAAGUGCAUGUAUUUACGCUUAGAAUAAGGCCAGACUUUAGUGCACAAAGUGCACAGGUGGAUCUAUUUGGGGGGGGGGGGGGGCAGAGGUAUCCAACACCCCUUUGGAAAUAACAUAUUAAGUUGAGGUUUCCCUCUUUUAGCUAGCCAUCCAGGUGAUCUGAAGGUGAGCAAAAGGACUGGGACUAGCAAGAGAACAGAAAUCCAGUUUCGUACCUUUAAUCACUUGUCACGCCCUGAUUCUUUUGUGAAACUGUUUGAA